AUGCAUGGUGGAAUACGACAGACAGUCAAUGGUCGGACAUUCUGUGAAUGUCCUCGAAAUCGUGUCAACACUGGUCCUCUGUGCGAAGCCGUGCGAGUGAGCUUUGAAAAUCUACCAAAUCCACUCACUGUCUCACAAAACCUUGCUCUCUCUUUUCCUCUGCAUAUCUCCGUGGAAUUUAUCUCAAAAGAUUAUCGAGGAACGGGUGGUAUUUUUUCUCUAGGUGAUGAAGUACGUUCUUCAAUAUUGAAUUGCAAAUUUAAUAAGGAUCAAUACACGGGGUACAGACUCAAUGCAAGCGCACCGUGUGUUCAACCUUCCUUAGAGUGGUUUGUAACCGGCCCUGUGUCUAUCAACAUUCAAAAUAAUCAUGGAUUUACUCUUAUUUUGAGUCUACGUACGCGCCAGCGAAAUACUGCCGUAUUAAGAUCAAGAGAUGGAAUGCUUCGACUUGAUCUCGAGAAUGGAACUUUGGAACUCCAAGUUGAGGCCUCACCUCUUCCUUUAUUAGGCAUAGACAUUGCUGAUGGAAUGUGGCAUAUGAUUAGGCUAACAGUUACACCAAUAAUCGCAGAUAUGAGGUCAAGAAUGGUAGAGCUUGUAGUUGAUGGUUUAUGGAGAACGUUCUACAAUGCAUCGCUUCUUCCAGCUGUUUCAUCAAGUAUUGCCAUCUCCGAUGGGGUUCUUAUUAUUGAAGCUGUCUCCAGCUGUUUAUCAGACGUCAGAUUGGAAGUGCGAGACAGUCGAAACAAUAUCUACCAUGACUACCUCAUUAAUGAAUAUACAGAAAUGCGACAGGGCUUCUUAAAAAGAGACUGUGAAUCGGAGGAUCUCUGUGCCUUGUCAAAUCCUUGUAAACCGAGUGAAGACUGCAUUUCUGAAUGGCAGGGUUUCAGAUGCGAUUGCAAACCAGGAUAUGUCCGAAGACUUGUCCCACCUGCAGUUGCGCCUGCCUGUGUACUCAACAGUUGUACUCCAAAUCCCUGCUUGAACGGUGGUGAAUGCUUCAUUCUUGAAAAUGAGACUCUUUCUUGGGAGAAUGAGACUGUAGCGGUACUCUGUGGUUGCUCCGGUGGAUGGACCGGUCUCUUCUGCGAACUACCGCCACUUGCAAAGUCUGGAUUGCAGAAUUGGUGGCUCAUUCCUGUCUUCUUUGUGCUCAUUUUGAUAGUUUUCUGGGUAGUAUUUUGCGUGUGCUGGUUUAAGCGAAAGAAGAUGAAGAAAAAGAACGUAACUUCGAGCGUAGUUAGCGGGCCAUGUUUUGCCGAUCAACAGGAAAGAAUGACACCCAACGGAGUUGCAAAAGCUGGUGAAGAGGACUAUCGUGGAUAUCUCAAUCUGAGUGCAUUGAAGUUGCCGGAGGUAGCGAUGAGACCAGGGCACUUAACUGUUCGUGGAGCCUCAAUAGAGACGCGAAACGCGGAUUCAAUGCUUUCAGCUGAGGGUGAACGUUUUUUGGCCAUGGAUCAACCACUUCAAUAUGCCUUUGAGGGUUAUGAUUCUAGUCCACCUCCAACAUACUUCUUCAAUAACGGCAGUAGCAGGCCUCACGGGAGUAGUCGCUAUGACUACUCAAAAAAUACUCCUUAA